CAACAGAAUCGUCAAAACGAAGAGAAAUCUGAAAACUCAAAAGAAGAGCAGAGAAUCAUCAUCUAGCACAGGGCUUCUGCGUUUUCUAUCUGCAGCUUCAAUGGCUGCUGCUUCUUCUUCUUUUGCUUUAUUUACAGGUUCCAAAUUAUGCGUUCCUAAAACCCUAACUUCUUGCUCAAAACCCGUUAAAUUGCCGAAUGCCGUUUCAUUACUCUCUCAGUGUAGGCAGAACAGAAGUAUGCGAAUCGUGUGCUCGGUUUCGAUCUCGAAUCUGGAAGUGCGAACUGAACGACCCGACGAUCUUGUUGCUUCUAUUCUCUCUAAGGUUACCCAAACAGAUAGAGGUGUUUCGCUGACCAAAGAAGGUCACGAAGAGGUAGGUCAAGUUGCUCAGCAAUUGCAACAAUAUUGUGUGGCAGAACCAGUGAAAAGUCCUCUUAUCUUUGGAGAAUGGGAUGUGGUGUACUGUUCGAAUCCAACAUCGCCUGGAGGUGGAUAUAGGAGUGCAUUGGGGCGUCUUGUGUUUAGAACAAAGGAAAUGGUUCAAGCAGUUGAAGCUCCUGACACUAUAAGGAACAAGGUCUCCUUUUCCCUGAUGGGAUUUCUUGAUGGAGUUGUCUCUCUCAAAGGUCAGCUGAAGGUUUUGGAUGAAAAUUGGAUUCAAGUUAUAUUUGAGCCACCUCAACUGAAGGUUGGAGCAUUGGAGUUCCAGUAUGGUGGUCAAAGUGAGGUUAAGCUGCAGAUAACAUACAUCGAUGAGAAGAUUAGGUUGGGAAAGGGCUCCAGAGGUUCGUUAUUUGUUUUUCAAAGACGCAGAUAGACUCUUCUUGAUGUCCUCAAGUAAAUAUAAUGUGAUUUCCUUAUCAUUUUCUUCUGAACUAUGCUGGCCAAUUGGCAAGGAUUGGAAAAUUCAAUUCCGUUGGUUUGACACCAAUUUUUUGUUAAAUUGAAUAUUUUUAAUGGGAUGCCCAUGUUCUCUGUA